AUGGGCACUGCCGUUGCUGGCAGGUGCAGCGGCCGCGCGGCCGUCGCGUUGCGUGGCACCGCGCGAUUGUCGCUGCAGCGCUUGGGACAGCAGCAGCACAGUCGAGGCGCUGCGGUCAGUGGUCGCAGUAGCAGCAGCGCCGGCAGAGCCAAUGUGAGGGGCGAGAGCGCAGGUGGUGACAACAGGGCGGACGGCUCGCCUGGGUCAAGCUGUGGCAGUGGCCAGGACACUGUUGACGUCACAAGCAACAGCAUCGACCGCGGCAGUGCCGACAUCACCAGCAGCAGCAGCAGCAGCAGCAGCAGCAGCAGCAGCAGCAGCAGCAGCAAUUACAACGGCAAUCACAGCAGCAGCGGCGGCAGAAGCAGUAGCGAAAACAGUAGCAGCAGCGCCGACCAAGGCGUCAACAGCACCGAUGGCGGCGGCGGCGCCAGCGCGGGCUAUGUGGCGCUCGUCCUUGUGACGCUGCUGUGGGGCUCCUACACGCCGGCGCUGCGCUACCUAUUCAGCAUCGACGCAGCCAUCACGCCCGCGCAGCUGGUUGCGACGCGCGCCGCCAUAUCCGCUUCGGCCCUGUUGGCCGCUUCGGGUGGCGCAGCCCUGUGGAGACUGUGGAAACAGCAGCAGCAGCAGCAGCAGCAGCAGCAGCAGCAGCAGCAGCAGCAGCAGCAGCAGCAGCAGCCGCGACAACAAGGCUCAACGCCCAGCGGCAGUCCGGCGGCCGUGGCCGCGCAGGCUGUGCCGGUAGCGGCAACGCUGCUGGCUGGGGCCGAGCUAGGGCUCUGGAACUUUGCCGGCACGGCCAGCCAGGCGCUUGGGCUCGAGCUGACCACUGCCACGAAAGCGGCGUUUCUCGGGCAGGUCACGGGGGCCAUCACGCCCUGCCUCGCCGUGCUGCUGGGCCAGCGCGUGCCGGCACCCAACUGGGCGGCGUGCGUGGUGGCGCUCGCGGGCAGCUACCUCAUAACCAUUGACGCUGUCGGGCCCUCGAUGGUGCAGGCGCCCCUGCAGCAGCAGCAGGAGCAGCAGCAGCAGCAGCAGCAGCAGCAGGAAUCUGGCAUGGUGCUCAGGGGUACGGUGCCGCCAUCGGCGUCAGAGGCCGCAGCAGAGUACCCAUUGGUGCGCGGCGGGUACAGCACACUGUGCGUGCCGGUGGCGGGCGAGCAAACGGCUGCAACGCUCUCCGUGGGGCUGCAGGCGCCCAGCCUGGUGUGCGAACCGCGGGACGAAGGUGGCCAGCCUCAUGCAAGGGGCGCCCCGCAGGAGCGCCCCAGCACACGCAGCAGCUCUGGCGGCGGCGACCUGCCAGCCGCCAGCACGGCCGUCGCCAGUAGCAGUGGUGGCGGCAUCCGCAGGGGCGGUGGCGGCGAUUCGAACAGCAGUGCAAACAGCAGCAACACAGCUAGCCUGGGGCUAGAUGGAAAACAGCAGCUUGAUCUGCAGGCCAAGCGGUCACAAGCCCAGCCCCGGCAGGAGCAGCAGCAGGAGCUGCGGCAGGAGCAGCAGCAGGAGCAGCAGCAGCAGCAAGGGGCGCAGCAGCAGCAACAGCCGCAGCAGCAGCGCAGCGGCGACGGCUACGUGCUGCUUGCAUGCUGCUUCUACGCCCUCGCCACAGUGCGCCUCUCCGCGCUUGCGCCGCGCCACGACCCCGUGGCCCUCACCACCAUUAAAACCGUCUCGCUCGCCGCUGCCUCAGCGGCAUGGCUGCUGGCCAGCAGCCCCGGCGGCGGCGACGGCGGCGGCAGUGGCUCCCAGCUGCUCCUGCCGCCCGCGCUGGCCGGUGGCACCCCUCUGGUGGUGUUGGCGUACUCGGCCCUGGGCCCGGGGGCGCUCGCGGCGUACCUCCAGGUGCGGGGGCAGUCAGAAGUCAAGGCGGCGCAGGCGCAGGUGGUCUUUGCGCUGACGCCCAUCUGGUCGGCGCUGCUGGCGCUGGGGCUGGAAGGGGAGGGCAUGGGCCCGUUGGGCUGGGCGGGCGCGGGUGUGGUCGUCGCCGCUACGGCGGGGGUGGCGCUCGCGCCGGCGGAGCGGGAUGGGGGCGGCGGCGCCGGCGGCGGCGCCAGCAGCAGCAGUGGCAGUAUCGGGGGGGCCAGCAGCGCCAGUGGCGCAACCACGACGCGGCAGUGA